AUGACUCACAGGGACGACUCAACUCGGACGGACAAAGACGCAAGAACGCGGGUCGAGGAACCUGGCGAGGACCUUGAGUCGUUCCCGAUGACGAAUCUUGGCCGUCUGCGAGGUGCCUUUCCCACGAGAAUCACGGGAGCGAAGCCCGGGUUCCUUAAUAUGGGUCUUUGCGAAUGGAGGGCAUGGGGGAUAAGGUCAGUCAGAAUGCGGCCUUUCCACCACACUCGGAGGUUCGAAAUGUCUAUAACUGUGGCUACUGAUUCCACUUUGCGUUGGAGCACAGAAAGAAAAACGAAGGUGAAAGAAAAGCCAAAGACGAAAAGGGAAGGAGACAAAGAGAAAAAAGAGACUAAACUGAAAGGCAAAGAUGACAAGGAGAAAGGAGAAGCGGCGACUAAAAACAAAAAGACAGCGAAAAAGAGAUCAAACAGUACCAACAAACCGAAGAAGAAAUCGGAGUUCCUGGCCUCGGAAAACGCCGGGAUUAAACUCCUGUACAUCCACCAAGGCGAGGACACCCUGCCGAAGGACAAGGAAGGAAAAGAUAAGGCUUCGAAGAACAGACUCGGCUCCUCGCGACGAGAGGAGAGCCGCAAUGGCCUCCUGCACCGACAGCAGGAGAAGGAGGCUCGCCCGAGAGUCCUCAGAACAAACGUCUCGAAGUUUGGUUCGUCCAACUCCUUAAGCUACGAGUCCUCGCCUUACUCUAGUCCCAGUCCCUCCUCGACUCCCACGCGCGGGCACAGCGAGAGGAGAGACAAAAGGCAACAGAAGUACGUCAUUCAGGGAGAUUCCAGCGACUCGUCGCCGACAAGCACCAUAAACAGAGGGCGCUCGAGGACAGGGUUUUAUGCAUUCAACGACCUCCAUUUUUCAAGGUCUAGUUUCUCCUCGUCGGACUCCAGCAGCCUCAACAAAAAAGGCGUCGUCGCAGGGAAGAAGUCACCCCGCCCCGUCUCUUUCUCCCGAACGUCUGAAGCCACGAAGGGCAAAGCAAAGGGUCCUAAGGACGCCACUACCAUCCCGCCUUCCCCCCUGAGCCCCGCCAAUUACCCUCCGAGGAUCAUCUACACAGAGAGCGAGAGCAGCAAACCCCCCGCCAAGAAUGGUCUCCAGAAAGACAAAACGAGACCCAAAAAAGACGCGAAGGAAAAGGAGGACAGGUCGGUGUCCAGAUGGAGCGGCGGCGACAGCGGGAUCGACCUGUUCAACCUCGUGGGCUCCGCCGUGUCUACCGUCUCCAGCACCGCCAGCGGGAGCUUCAUGUUCGACUCCACGACGUCCUUCUCCUCCUUCUCUCCUUGCUGCAGCCCCGAGCAAAAGUCCCUGGGCGUUAUCGCAAUCCAGAACCCCAUUUACGAAGAGCAGCGAUCUCUCAAAAGGAGUGAGAUUAUAAAGACAGCAAAUUUCGGAUUGAAUUCCGCUGGAAACGAUCAGGCAGAGGAGGUCAGAGUGCAGAUCCAUCACUCUGAAAACGGUGGAGGAGACCCACAGCUGCAGCUGGCAGAGAACAGACCGAGGGCAAAGGAUUUUAUUUUCAACCACACAAGUUACACCAUCCAGGAGGAAGAUCAGAAAGAAGAGGAAGAUGGGGGAGAUGGAAAUUGUACCGUUCUUAAGCAGUCUUCUACUGAGCUCCCUCCUCCCCCUGUGAGUCAACCUCUCAAGUCCACGAAUCCUGGAUCAUCGUCUAGCUUGGCUCGUGUUGGUUCACCUCAACAGAAGAAAGACGAAAGACCUGACUCGGACUCAGACGCUCCACCUCCGCCAUUGCCAAAGAAUCCUCCACCGCCACCGUAUCCUUAUUCGAAUUUCCAGCUUCCUCCCCCUCCUGCUCCUGUCCUCCCUCAUCUCCUAGAUUACAAAUCGGUGCUUCCAGAGAGUUACUCUUCGCCCUACUUCGCCAGGAGUGAUGUAAGUUUUCAAGACUCCAGAAAUACAUUAGAAUCGCCAGUGCAAGACGCUUCAUGCCGUACGACCCCGGUUUCAUUUCCCUCCAAAAGUCAUGGUCAAAACACCACCGAAGCUUCACAGGCGAGAGUACCCGCCCCGCAGGUGGCUAUGCUGAGUGACUAUGAGGUCAACCUCAGAGCGAGAGAUAGGGAGCCGAAGGUCAAGUUCUACAUGAAGGGCGAAGGUAAGAUAGGAGACGCGCACGAUGCUCCCGUGAAGAAUUUUGAAAUCUUGAUCUUAGAUGAUCAGUAUGAGGUUGAAUCGUCGGAAGAAAACUGGAUUUUGCGGCAAAGUCCAUACAAUAAGAUGUCCCCCGCUUCUUCGACUGCCUCUCCUCCGCCACAACCUCCUCCAAAGAAGGCGAAAAAGACGAAGACGGGCACCCUUACGAGAGUCAAAAACUCCCUCGAGAACUUGCUACAGAACCAGUCGUCGAAAGCAAAGCAAGAAGAAACUGCUAACGACAGUUCGAAGCAAAAGAGCGAACAGAAUAGCCUUCGGAAGAACAAGGAAGAAAAGGAGAAUAACACAGACAUAGAAAAUGGGACUUUUAGGCUGAGAGGAAAGGAUAUCAGUCGACCUUUUCCCCUCAUCAGGAUAUCGCCUCCAGACUCCCACGUCGAACGGGAACACCACGAAGACACCGUGAGUUUAAGCUCUGAAUCGAUCCUUCCUACGUGGGAAUCCUAUGAGAUAAGCAGAGAAAUAAAGAAAGGCAACUCGUUCAGCGAUAAACACUCGCAGUCGACGCAAGACAAGCACACAAACAUCGAAAAGGGAUCCAACCAACCAGUCGAGAAUGGCUAUGGAAGCAAGAUGAGCAAUGCCGCUACAAAUAAACGCUUGGAGAAGGACAGUAACUUUCGAAGAGAACUCCCAAAGGAAUCUCACUAUAUCUUAGAAACGCCUGCACAGAUGCCAAAGAUGCCAGUCCGCCAGGUGGCCCAAAGAGACGCUUCGAAACUCCUCAACGACAAUCUCUCGAAGGUGAACCCCAACGAGAGACCGGGACGACCUCUCCCGAACGAAGGCCGAAGAGUCAACGACCUGAAGAAGUACUUCACCUGCGGGAUAAACACCUGCCCGAAGCCCCGUAAAGGAAUUCUGAAGAAGGGCCAAGAGGACGGCCCCUCCGCCCCACCUGUUCCCCAGAAGACCCAGAGGAAGAACAGCGUCACGUAUAGUUUGCCGCCGCCGCCCUCGCCCGCCACGGCAGCCCGCCAGGUCGAGGCGGAGGUAGACAAGGUCCUGAGGUACGAGAUCGAGGCGAAACUUCGGGCGAAGCCUCCUCCACUUCCGCCGAAGGGUACUGCCAGGAGAACCACGCGUUUUCUUAUUUGGUAUGACCAUAUCAACCUAAAAUAUUUCUUAAAUAAUACUCCUGACAAAUGUGAAACUGAGUAA